UGACGCGCGCUGGAAGGAGAGGGGAGUGGGAGGGAGGCAGAGGUGCAAACAGCCGUCGCCAACGCCGCCAACGCCACCCCAGCGGUGCCGUCGCCCAGCCGGGUCAGCGUGCUUCUUCCUCGCCCGUGAGCCUGGGGAACCUGCAGCUCAAAGCCGCCGCUAGCCACAGCACCAUGUACCCCGGAAACAAGCGGAAAAAGCUCUGGCGGGAGGAGAAAGAACGUUUGUUGAAGAUGACAUUGGAAGAGAGACGUAAAGAAUAUUUACGGGAUUAUGUACCUCUGAAAGAUAUUCCCACAUGGAUGGAAGAAAUGAAAAACAAAACACAAAGUGAUGAAGACAACACCAAUGAAGCUUUCCUGAUGCAGAAAAGUCUUAGUGAGAAAGUCUCCCUGUACAGAGGUGAUAUCACAGUGCUUGAGAUUGAUGCCAUAGUUAAUGCUGCUAAUUCAAGUCUUCUUGGAGGUGGUGGUGUGGAUGGAUGUAUACAUAGAGCAGCUGGUCCUUGUCUAGUUGCUGAAUGUCGCAAUCUGAGUGGCUGUGAAACUGGACAAGCCAAAAUCACUUGUGGUUAUGACCUACCAGCAAAAUAUGUCAUUCACACUGUGGGCCCUAUAGCUCGGGGGCAUAUUAGCGAUAUCCAUAAAGAAGAUCUGGCAAAUUGCUAUAAAGCCUCUUUGAAACUGGCAAAAGAGAACCUCAUCAGAUCUAUUGCUUUCCCAUGUAUCUCAACAGGCAUUUAUGGUUUUCCAAAUGAGCCAGCUGCAGUCAUUGCACUUACCACAAUCAAGGAGUGGUUAAGCAAGAACGAUAAUGAGAUGGACCAUGUCAUUUUUUGUGUGUUUUUGGAAGUUGACUACAAAAUUUACAAGAAAAAAAUGAAUGACUUCUUCCCAACAGAGGGAGUGGAGAAGAAAAGCCCAUCUCCUUCACCCGUGAAAUGCAAAGCCAAGCAGUCUGAGAAUCUGGAGGAUGAUAAUGAGGGUGAGAAUGGCACAGAAGAGAAGCCAAGCACUGAUGAACUUGAGCAUCAGAGCCAAGAAGCAGAUGAGGCAGCAUCUACAGUUCCAAGCAGCUCAGCAGAUGGAGGAGAGAACCUGGGCAAGGAAAAAGAAUUCCAAGCUAUAAAAGAGCAUAAUCCAGUGCCUCAUGCAACCUGUGAAGAAGAUCAAGCUGAUGGACUUCAGGACGAUUCCACAGAAGUUGAAAUGAGUACUCAGGAAGAUUCUCAGAUCUCUUACAUGGAAGCUGAAGAGACUCUGAUAACCCAGGAAGAGACAAUAAAGGAAGAGAAACCUCAGGCUCCUGAAGUAGAUAAAAGUAAUCAAGAGAGCAAAGGAGAAGAUAAAGGAGCAGAAGAAAAGAAAGGAAAGCAGUUGAUUGACCCAGUGCAACCUGAAGGUCAAUGCGAUACAGAAAACAUUUCAAGUAUUGAUGUUGAAAUGAAUAGUCAAGUUGAAAACAUAGAAGAGCCUACAGAAUCACAGACAGAAAAUUAAUCUCAGGAAGACGAUGACGAGAGAAGCAAGCAGGAAGUGACCGAAGAUCUGCAGUCACUAGUGCAUUAUGUGACGACAUUCUGACUAACAGACAGCAGCACACCAUGGAGUGCAAAAUGGGGAGGGGGAGGGGAGGGGAGGGCAAUUAAGGGAUACGACUGAUGCUUUAUAUUAGCUUCUCUUCUCCUGUUCCGUUGGCUUGGUAGAUAACAUGAAGCUUCUCCACUAUGGGUUGUAGAGUCUCGGUUUAGAUUUCUUUGCCUCAUUCCUAUCUUUUCUGCCACUCCUUUUGAAACCCUAAGGCCCUGUUCUUCUGCAUAUAUAUUGUUAGCUUCUAAAUACUGUUUCUCGGUUGCAAUUCCUCUUCAAGGUAACAUGUGCAAAGGAUAUGUUAAGCAUUGUCCUUCAAGAGUCUGAGGGUUUCUUUGGAGUGAUCACAAAGCACUUACAUCUGUAGUUACUCCCAUCAAGUAAAGAUGCUGGCAGUACUAGUAUCCUUGCCACAUUGGUAAUGUCAGCUUGCCAAUGCUAGUGCAUAAACAUUUCAGCUUGUUAGACUUUUCUUAAUGCUAGUAUAACUGUACAAGAAUUAAGAGUGAAUAGAUAUGUUAGUGUGAAUAAAGAUUUGCGGGUCACUAAUGUCAAACACCGCAGCCUGUCCAUUGGAGGCUGACAAAAACACUUCCAGUCAUGUGGCUGAUACCCCAUGCAGAGAUUCUCUAUGCAAACCAAAGGCUGAAAAACACUUCUACAUGUAGACUGUCCAUAGUCAGACUAAACAUAUAUUGCAAUUCCUGCACAGAGUUGCCCUCACACAAAGAGUUAUUCAGCCAUCGCCAGAUCAGAGCUAAUGGCAUUUGAAUUAGCCCUCAGACUGUUUUACUCAGACCCAGGAGGAUAACUAAGUUGCCCACAGACAGAAUUCAGACGUGUGUUAUGGAAAAUACAUCUCUCAGUGAAUAAGAAUCGCAGUACCGAAGGAAGGAUCAUCCAUGUUCAGGAGUAUAACUUCCUUUGCCCCAAAAUAAGGACAUGGAUUUCUUUUUCCUGCUUGUAAGCAUCCCAAGAGGGGGGCUAUCUCUAACAGGCUAGAUUUUUCAUAGGACAAUCAGUCUCCACAAUUAACCAAUUCCUUGCUCAUCUACUCAUGGCAUGAAACCUUUUAUCUACCUUAACAGUGUUUCUCCAUAGCUCAAUAUUGCAUUGUCUACUAAUAGGUGGGCGCCUCUGGAGUAUUUGGACAUGACUAAAGUACUUAUUAAUUCCAGUGCCCUCUAUGUAAGAGGGAUUGCAGAUAUCCUGCAUCUAGCACACGGUAAAAUAUGGCUUGUGGCUUUAACAAUUUCAUGUCUACUCUUGUUACAGUUUCAAUUGCAUGUGCACACUUUUUAAAUACAUAAAAUGCAAUUAACAGAUAUUGGUGAUGAAUGUUAUACCAUAUGUCAUCUGUUCUGCUAGCAAAUGCUGUGCUCAACUGAAAAACAAAAUUUUACAUUCAUUUUUCAACCACACUGUAAAUUAAACUGAUACCCUACUUGCAAGAUUGAAAGAACACCCAGCAUGUGUCCAAGGCUUGAUAUUCUGUAAACUAGUUUCCAACUGCUGUUAAAAACAAUUACAGGAAUGUUUUUCUGUAUUAUGAGAUGCUGGUUUUGCUUAAUUAUGCGUAUACACCAUCUUCCAAACUUUUAAAAAUAAUGCUUUGGCUUACAAAAAUAUAACAAAGGUGUAUGUGCAUGAAAGGAAGCUGAAAUUUACCAACCUUGCUUAUUUGUAAAUCUCUCCAACACAAAUCUCAGAUAAGGAGUACCCAUUGUUUACGCUUACUCUAGAAUAUUGGAAUAUGAAUUAGUUCAUGACAUAUAAUAUGUAGGAAGAUCAAAAAAUGAAAAUUGGUUUCAAAUGUAAUACAUAACUUUGUUGCCUUAUGAGCAAUAUUUACAUAUUUUAAAAAUUGCAUUCUGAAAAUAUGACAUUUUCAAGUACUAAUUUCUCUUGUCUUUUUGACCCAUUCAUUACAAUGGUAACCUGAAAGAUGCCUUUCAGUUACCACAUAAGCACAGUGUCAUCCAGAUUAAUAGGAAUCUAGAUUUCAAUGAAAUAUAUAAAAUAUUUGGUUAUUAUGCUUGUAUCAAUACCAUCUGAUAUUUUUGAUAUGCUUACUAAGAAUGUAUUUAGUCCCCCAUUUAUCCAUGGAGCUUUUGUGCCUCUUUUCUUCUCCAUUCCUGCUUGAUGGGUUUUUCCCCCCCGGUAGUUCUCUUUGUGCUAAACUGUCAUUUGUAAUUCAGCUUACUGUGAUCGAAAGACUAGCUAACUGUCCAACAUGAAUUAUCUCAAUUCAACAGCAACAAAAUCAGAACAAGUCAGGCAGCCUUCGGUGUGCGGAACUCCUUGCCUGAUUUGAGUCAUGCAUGGAAAGGGAUAUUUUAAAAAAAACAUCCAGUUAUGUGGUACAUGAUGGUGGGGCUUAAAAAGAAUUCUAUCCUGGAUUCCUUUGCAUGCGAAUUUGGGAAGGGAAUGGAUGGACACCAGCUGGGCCAAAAUUUAGCUAGCAAUCAUCCUUCUCUGGAAAAAAAAUCUGCAGGGAGAGUCAGAAGCCAUCUUUAUAAACUUUACAAGGUGGCCAAGAGGUCUCUCCUGGCUUUGUUUUAACUUUUAAUGCUUCCAACAUGCUUUCAGCAUCACUCAGCUCUUUGAAGUGAAAGGACAUUAGUGAGAUAUCAUAAAAUGUGGCAUGGUCAUAUGGUCACUUCUGGGAAUGCCAAGAAAGAAGGGAAAUAGAGAGAAAAGGGACUUUUUGGUCACCUUGUAAAGUUUAUAAUCUAAAGGGAAACCUCUGUGUGUCUCCCAAUCCAAUCUGGCAAAAUUUAUAUGGUUUUUAAAGUAAAUACUAGAAUAAAAAUUUGGUUUUAGAAUUCUGUUCCAAAAAGUAAACAGUUACAGAGACCAGACCGCCUGUGAUCCACUAAUCCCUAUAUAGAGGAUAGUGAAAAUGGCUUUCUUUACUGGUUCACAUCUGUGCACAAUGCCUUGCCUCAGGGUGUGAUAGCAAAGCAUGAAACAAACACUUAAAAUAGGAAGGUGGCAGGAUUAUUCAGGCUAACUGUGCUCCACUGGGUUCAGGGGGCCUACUUGCAUUGAAGUGUGUUUAUAGUGGCAACAGACAGGCUUCAGACGGAGUUCAUAAUGUUCUCAUAAGGCCUGUGUGUAGUUAGGUAAACCAUACGUGCGUUAAUUAAGUUCCCAUUUUUUGGUAGCUUGUGCUAUAUAGGGACAAGUUAAUGGAGUCUGAGUUGAAGUUGUUUGAGCAUUAAAUGCUAGAGAAACUCUUAAAACAGGAGGUUGGUGGUUUGACCAUCCUUCUUCUGCCUCUAUCAUCCACUCGGUAAUACUCUUCAGCAAAUGUGCCUUUGGCUAUGUGCACAUAUAGGCAAAGAAUGCACAGCAAGAUCUUGGAUUGAUCUCAUUCUCUAAAUGGCCUGUAUUGAGAUAGGAAGUUUCUUCCUGUCGAGUUGGCCACUGGCCCUUUUUGCUCAGUAUUGUCUGCACUGGCUGGCAGUAACUCUCCAGCAUUUCAAACAGAUUAAUGCCCUCUGCCCUAAAAUCUUGAGCUCUGCAAGGAAUAUGCACCAGCACUAUAGGUUUCCCCACAUAAAGCCCUACAAGGAAUGUAUUGAUCUUCUUUUGUCUGUUCUUGAAAAUGACACCAGCUGAAAGAUACUACUUAUCCGUGAAGAUUGGAACACAGUCUGAUAAAGCAUAUAAUAAUAAUAAUAAUAUAAUAAUAAUAAUAAUAACAACAACAAUUUGCUUUCCCAUUUUGUAAUAGCAUUGUCAACAUUACAGAGCUCUAAUUCAUGUUUUGUUUUUCUCUGCUCACUUAUCUUAUGUAUUUGAGCCCCUUUCAUUCCCCCAAUCCCCUUAAGCAUUGUGGUAAUUAAGUUUUAGAAAGGAGCAGAACGGAGGGCAUUAAUGAGACAAGAAGGGAGUUAAAAAAAUAAGCAAUCACACAGAAAGCAGCUAAAACUUCUACUAAAACUGAAUGAUCUCUGAAACAAUGACCAAAAUAUUCUAAUCAGAGAAUUUUCCCUGGAUUAGACUGCAGCCAUUUUGUCUGACCUCAUCACUUGACUGUUCCCAACAUCUUCAUUUUGGUUCUCACUGAUAGUGGUGCUUCUCUCAGGUCUGAAUGCUUUAUCUCAGGAUGCUCUCACCAAGUAUGAAGCAAAAAGAGGACCCUUGGACUGUGGAGAUAAAAAGAUCUAAUGACAUCUCAACAGUCUGGUUUCCAAUUCGACUGUACAAAUUAUGUUUUUUCUCAUUUGGAAGUCUAGUCUGGUAUGUGUUUGGAGAAAGAUGCAUGCAUAUAGUCAACCAUGUAGAUAAUAAUACUAUUCACUUCCUUUCUUUUGGCUAGUCCUACCAAGGCACACCCUAAUAGCAGUUGGAAUCAAUUUUGUUAGAACUUAAGGAAGCAUGUACAGCAAAUCCUGAACUGUGUGGAUUUUUAUAUUAACACCACAAAUUUACAGACACUUCAAGAAUAUGAACUCUCCCCCCUCUCCUCCAUAGCCACCGUCACAAUGCUUUGAGCAGUGAGAUCAGAGGUCUGCCUCCAAAGAGGGGACUCUGCAUAAUAUAAGUCUUCUGAGAUACCCGUUUAACAUACUCCUUCUACGCUGAGGGAUGACAUUCUGUAGCAAUUCUUCUGGUACCAGACUCAUCUCUUUUUCAUGAAAGCAUAUAGAGCAGGCGGCCGAUACAUUAUUUUCAGUUAAUAUAUUAGGCAAUAUAUUGCUCACUACAGCUAAUUGUAAAUCUUCUCCAAAACAAUGAACCCCCCUCUUUAUGAAUUAACACUGUUCAGUUUAUGCACUUGAUCUGAACAAAAUACAUUGUCUCUAUAUGAAGCGCAUGUCUGUUUGCUUUUAAAAUGACAAAGUGAGCCAAAUAUGGUGGAUAUAUUUUCUUGGGAAAUAGGAUUUUUGUGACAUUUGUGAUAUAAAGAAAGUCAGAAAAAUGUAAUUCUCUUGAUCAAAAAUAAGUUUUUACUUCAAUGCAAAUAACUGUAGUAUCUUGCUUGCAAAAUACCUUCUAAGAAAUGAUACAAACUUCUAUGUAGGGUUAACACAAUCCUCUUUUGUUAAUCUGCCAUUUAAAUGCUGGACUUGCUGAUGAAUCUGUUUGUUUUUUUCCUUUUGUCUGUGCCAUGCAUAAUUAAAAAUUCUAACAAACAAUGCCUUCAUACUAAAAUAUUCGUUAAAAGCAAAAUCAGAAUAAACCUUGAAACUGAA